UGUAAUUCGUGUCACGCAAAUGCUUCAGUAUUUACUACUUUAUUCAAUCUCUGAUUAGAUUUUAAUUAAACUGAUAGUGAUUCUUAAUUUGUUGCAAUUGAUUAUCUUGAAUUACAAGAUUACUAGACAAAUAUUGUAUAUUGUUCAAACAGUUCGACAGAGAUUGGCAUUUGUUUGGGACCGAUCAUCAACCUAAGGAGUGCUCUUGAACUCUGAUCUUGAACAAACUUUACGUGCUCAAAUAAAAUAUGGAUACAAUAAAGAAGAACUGGUACUCUGAGUCCUGUGAACUUUGGCCAGGGAGUACAUUCUCAUUUGAAGUAAAGGAGGUUCUUCAUGAUGAGAGGUCUCUGUACCAGCACAUCCAGGUGUUUGACACCAUCAGCCUUGGUAAAGUGCUCGUGCUUGAUGGCAUUAUACAAUGCACAGAGAAAGAUGAGUUCUCCUAUCAGGAGAUGAUAUCUUUCCUACCGCUAUGCUGUCACCCGAACCCUGAGAAGGUGCUAAUAGUAGGAGGUGGGGAUGGAGGUGUGGCAAGAGAUGUGGCCAAACAUCCACAAGUUAAGGAAAUUGUACAGGUGGAAAUCGAUGCAAUGGUCAUUGAAGUAUCAAAAAAGUACCUCAAAUUUAUGUCCGUCGGCUUCGAUAACAAAAAAAUGACCCUCCACGUAGGCGACGGGUUCGAGUUCAUGAAAAACCACAGUCACGAAUUUGACGUCAUAAUUACCGAUAGCAGCGACCCCGUCGGCCCAGCGGUCAACCUAUUCCAGGAGAACUAUUUUUCAUUGAUGAAAAGUGCAUUAAAACCGAACGGUAUAGUGUGCUCUCAAGCGGGAACGUAUUGGGAUAGUAUGGAAUUAGUCAAGAAUACCCUAAAGAUUUGCAAGAAUCAGUUUCCAGUCGCCGCGUACGCCACCACCUCGGUACCUACAUACCCGUGCGGUCAAAUCGGUUUCGUAAUCGGCUCUUUGGAUGGAAACGCUAACCUUCUUAACCCGGUACGGGAAUUUUCGCUUGAACAGCUGAAGAAUAUGGACUUAAAGUACUAUAACUCAGAUGUCCAUAAAGCAUCGUUUUCUUUACCAUCGUUUGUUAGGUAUGAAAUUGAGCCGUAAAGUUUUUAUAUUAUGCUCUAGACAGAUGAACAGCAUUUAAGCUGUGAACCAACUGCAAAUUGCAGUUGAUAUAAUGGCUGUUCAUGAAUAGCGUUCACAUUGAUUUCACAAAUGGUCAUUUCUUGAUCAGUUUUGGUUGAUACAGUGUUAGAUAAAGGAACAUCCGCUUACAAACGUCAGAGUUAAAUGGAAUUGUGUUUCUUGUUUCCUGGCUGAUCGACACAUUCAAAUUUUGCAGUUGAUUUGCAGACAAAUAGCAGUCUGUCUGUAAAGACCCUAUAUGAAAUAUGUUUUAUUUUUUUUAUGUAAAUGUGCAUUUAUUAUACAUUCCGAUUAUAUCUUAUUAGACGUAAUUUUAAAAUAUCGGGUUAUAAAAUUCCUAUAAUGGUGAUAACUUGAAUAUUACGUGAUACCACGCAAAGCUAUUUGCUGCGUACUCUUUGCGGUCCACUAGACUACAAGUGGCAAUGAGUCUCAGACGCUUAUCGUCACUUAAAUAAGUACGGAAUAAGAUGAAAAAAAACUAACUGCCGAUCUUUAAACGAAUAGUUACAAUAAGAAAUGGGGUCAUGGCGCCGUCAUUUUGAUUUUUUUUAAUUAUAGUCAGUACGCAGUAUCACUUGGCAUGAUGUAAAGAGUUCUAAUAAUACCUCAUAAAUGAUAAAUAUACAGGCAUUUAGAAGUUAUCGUGCAAUAAAGACACUUCCUUACGUAGGUAUAUAAUAUGAAGAAUGUGUGUGUGCGGGGUUGUCUGUCAGCUCUUCGUGCUUCGUUUUUAUCAAAAAUAAGACUCUUACACUUGAUAUAUUUAAUUACAAUAAAUCGCUGUGUAAUCACACUUAGCUGUUAACAUACGUUGCUCUGAUGCUAGCAGAUUAGAAUCGGCAAACUAUCUGAAUGCGAUCUGUUGAUAUUGUUUUCUUUUGUAUUCAAGCAAUAUAAUUACUCAAAGUCAAAGUCAAAUAUUUCUUUAUUCAAAUAGGCACAUAGAUGGCACUUUUGAUUGCGUACAUUACAUGUAAAAUAUG